CUGCACUUCAUUUGUGUCAAAAAAAACCGCAGAUACACAGGGAGCAAUGACAGAUUUCUGUUAAACUGAUAUAUAUAUCCAGAUAUAAAAGAUUACAUGCCAUCAUUUUGAAGAAAGGCAGGAGUGUUCUCCCAGUAUUCUGGCCUUUUAUCCAUCAACCAACAUCUACAAAAAUGGUAUGGUCGUUAUCACAAUGCUGCCUGUGUGAGCUUGCUGCAUUUCCUACAUCAGUGACUACACUUCAAAAACUCUUCAUUGGCUGUAAAAGAUGUUCUGAUGCCGUAAUAGAAACUUAUACAACCCAGCAACCGUUUUUACAUAUGGGUGAACGCAGUAAUGGGUGGAGACAAGUCAGGCAGAUUUCACUGUUCUGUUCGUUUCUUCUUGUCACCCACACUGAUCAAGCACUCAGCCGAUGCUAUACAGCAAUGGAUGGCCAGUUUUAUAAUUGCUAUGAGGAGAAGAUACGUCCUUGCAUUGAUCUUAUCGACUCGCUGAGAAAGCUGGGUGUGGACAAGGACCUGGGACUUCCCGCCAUCGCAGUGAUUGGAGACCAAAGCUCCGGGAAGAGCUCAGUACUGGAGGCAUUAUCCGGGGUGUCACUUCCCAGAGGGAGUGGUAUUGUUACCAGGUGUCCCCUUGAAUUGAAGCUGAAGAAAACCAAAGAGGCCAAUGUUUGGAAGGGCAAACUCACUUAUGGAUCUCAGGAACGGGACCUGAUCGAUCCAUCAGAAGUGGAGGAAGAAAUUUGGGAAGCCCAGAACAUCAUGGCAGGUGAUGGCGUAGGAAUCAGUAAAGAAUUGAUCAGCCUUCAAAUUCAAUCCAGCAAUGUUCCUGACCUGACACUGAUAGAUCUACCAGGGAUUGCCAGAGUAGCCGUUGGUAACCAACCAGCAGAUAUUGGUGAUCAGAUUAAGAAACUCAUUAAAUCAUUUAUUAAGCGACAAGAAACAAUUAACCUUGUGGUUGUGCCAUGCAACGUUGACAUAGCAACCACAGAAGCUCUGAAAAUGGCCCAGGAAGUGGACCCUUCCGGAGAGAGAACUCUGGGUAUUUUAACCAAACCUGACCUGGUUGACAAAGGAACAGAAGGCAAUGUGGUAGAUAUUAUUCAGAACCUAGUCGUGGAGCUGAAGAAAGGUUACAUGAUCGUCAAAUGCCGUGGACAACAAGAGAUUAAUGACCAACUGACGUUGAGUGAAGCAAUCAAAAAGGAGAGAAAGUUUUUUGAAGACCAUGAGGACUAUAGGCCUCUUUUGGAUGAUAGGAAGGCCACUAUCCCAUGCUUGGCUGAUAGACUCACAACAGAACUUGUUGCGCACAUCCUAGAAUCAUUGCCUCAUUUAGAAAAGGAAAUUGAAGAGAAACUGCUUGUGCUGAACAAAGAAUUGGAAAGUUAUGGUGAGGGAGUUCCAGACGCAGAACAUGAAAAAGUAACUUUUAUGAUUCAGAAACUUAGUGGCUUUGGUGAAAACCUCAGGAGUUUAUCUUCAGGCGAAGAACCUGCCGACUGCAUCAAGGAGGAGAGGUGCUACACAAAAGUACGGAAGACGUUUGAAAGCUGGAAAAUUCAACUUGAUAAUAUUGAAGAUCACUUCCACGAUAUGAUGUGUACAAAAGUGCUGAAAUAUGAGCAGUCUUACCGUGGGCGGGAGUUACCUGGGUUUGUCAACUUCAAAACGUUCCAGGCAAUCAUGAAGCAACAGAUUGUUAAACUGCAACAACCUGCCAUUCAGACUCUAAAGAAAGUUACAGAAAUUGUUCGAGAUGCUUUUAUGGAUGUCGCUGCCUACAAUUUCCGUGGACUCCCAAAUCUCUUGAGAAUUGCCAAGAUAAGAACUGAAGACCUAAAGAAACAGCAAGAAAGCCAGGCAGAAAUACAGCUGCAAAUUCAAUUCAAGAUUGAAAAUAUGGUGUAUUCCCAAGACACCAUCUACAGUCAGAAGAUCACCAAAAUAAAGUCCGAAACCGACAAACAGCCAGAUGAGUUCCAUGUUAAACCCAAAUUGUCAUUAAAGUUUGGAUCUCCACCUGUGCCUUACCAAGGCGCUACCACCCAUGAGAUGACAAUGCAUCUGAAAACAUAUUACAAGAUUGCAACCAAUCGAUUGGCUGACCAGAUUCCCCUGAUAAUAGGCUAUUACAUUCUGGAAGAAUUUUCCUCCAAGUUACAGAUUGAAAUGUUUCAGCUUCUACAGGAGAAGGAUCGCAUUGACGAGUAUCUCAAUGAAGAGAGGGACGUUGCUGAGAACAGGAAGUGCCUCAAAAGUAAACUGGAGCGACUGACACAAGCUCAGAAUCAUCUGUCCACGUUUUAUUGAAUUUUAUCAGACAUCAAGGGGCAUUCCAAAUUGAACCCAGCUCACUUUCCAGCCUCAAUGGCAAAACUGGGAGCUGGAAAGCAUUGUUAUGCAGAGUAACCCCACCACUCAUCAUAAAGCGUAGAAUUGACUAAAUGGCCAAGCUGUUCCAUCAUGAACAGAAGCUUUAUUUGGGAGAGCAGGCCAAGAGUGACCUUCUUUCUCAACAUGUCUCUCUUUAUAGUUUUCUUUGUACUGUGAUUUGCUUUUUUAACCCUUUGUAUCGUCCAAACUGAGUUAAUAGCAGCUUUUUGUAUUGCACGUUCUGCCUGAUUUCCCUCCUAGCUUUCCAUUUAUGCCACCUUAGUACUUGAGUCCAAUUCCUUUAAGAUUGUCAUUGUCAAUAUCUUACUUUCUUGCUGCAUCCUAACAAUUUCAGAGCUUCUGAAGGGAAAGAAAACAGCUUCAAGUUUUAAUGCUGGUAGUUCACAUCAAAAUGUACCAAUUGGCAAAGAGUGUUCUACCUCCUUGUUAAUAUUGAAUGUGUUUGUACAUUAAAAGAAUGAAGUGUCAAAGCA